UAAGAUUCAUAUCCAAAAUGAAAACAUUGCCAUUUUCUUUUCAUUGUAGUAUCGUCCAGGAAAACACUUCGAGCUCAUUAGCUUUGUCUCCGCACCAACCCAAUCAUCGUCCUUCAAACUCCUGUUACUCUUCUAUGCUCGGCUUUUAACCGACUCUUUUUGUCUCUCUUACAAUCCAGUUCAUUCCUGUAAAGAUUCCAUUUUCACGGCGCUAUGCUCAAAGCUAUUCAGAUUCUUGGUUCUUCAACCGGAUUCGUUUCACAAAUUUGGAGAAAAACUCAUAACCCACUGGCGUUUUCAUCUCCAACUGGCACAAUAACAAGGCUUGCCACGCCACCGUUUUCGCCUCGUGGAACUCGUUGUUUUAUUGCCAAUCGAGUUUUUGCAACUGGGUCAAAGUCUGAGUCCAACCCUGAGGCUGUUUCUUCUUCUCAAGUUUCUGUUCAGUCUGCUGGAUAUGCUCGUAAGAUAAAUUUCUGUCAGUGGUGUGGAGGCCCAACUAAAUAUGAUAUACCAGAUGGAGAGGAAAGGAUGAGAGCUAUUUGUACAGUAUGUGGGAAAAUUGCCUAUCAAAAUCCAAAAAUGGUUGUAGGCUGCCUCAUUGAACAUGAUAAGAAGGUCCUACUUUGCAAGCGAAAUAUUGAACCAUCUCAUGGUCUUUGGACUCUUCCUGCCGGUUACAUGGAAAUUGGGGAGUCAGCUGCGGAGGGGGCAAUCAGAGAAACCUGGGAAGAGGCAGGUGCAGAAGUGGAAGUUAUGUCACCUUUUGCUCAACUGGACAUUCCGCUUAUUGGCCAAAUUUACAUAAUUUUCUUGGCAAAGCUGAAGAAGCCCCACUUCUCACCUGGUUUGGAAUCAUCAGAGUGCCGGCUUUUUCCACUUGAUGAUAUACCUUUUGAUUCUCUGGCAUUUUCAUCAAUUUUUGUUACCUUAAGUUUGUACAUCGAUGAUAUUAGAACUGGGAAGCUAAAUUUUCACUAUGGUACCAUCAAUAAAAGGCCUGGUUCAAGCCCUUCUGAUAUGCAUGCCUUCACCAUCGAUUAUCAUUUACAAUCCUGACAUGUGAUUACUUUGCGAUGAAUCAAUGUAUUUAAGAGAGAUACUGAACCGAAGAAAUGAAACUAUAAUACUUGACGAGGCCUUAAAAUAGUUUAUUCAUUUUCGAUGUCUGGUUGCAGAAUUUGGUAUGUGUUUUUAGAAACUGAAAAUCGAGGAGCAGAAUGUGCACUGGUCUAGUUCAGAGUAUGUUUCUCCCUGAGCCCUCAAAACCUCUCUCUCUCUAUCAAAGCAUCUUUGUUCGAUCACCUGGUUACCAUAGAUGAAAGCAGUUACUGAUAUAAUGAGGUGUACAACACCGAGACUUGGCUGAUGGCUUUCGCCUUGUAUGCUAACAACUAACAGGUACGUGGGUGGUGCUUGAGAAAUUGUAUGUAAAUUUUGGAAGGUUUUUUAACAUUUGAAUUGAUUUGGAUGUGGCUGGAGGCAACUAAUUUUCAGUUGAAAUAAGACAUCUCUUUGAGAUUUGAAAAGUGACAA